CUUUACUGGGCUGUUUAGCUCUUCAGUAAACAAAGUUUUGGACAUAUUUUGCAAUCAUCCAUGUUUUCUUGUGAGGUGAACUGUAAACAAGAGAAGCCCAACAGGAUGACCAGUGUGCUCUGCAGCAGAGCUCGGCUGGUGACAUACCUGCCAGGGCUUCACGUUCUAGUUCAUCGUGUUGUUGGAGCCAGGACUUUCUCCGGGGCGUCCGGCUCAGAUGAGACACACCUUCACAGCAGUACCCCUGACACUGCACAAAGGACAGUGUGGCCGGACGAGACCAUGGGCCCGUUCGGACCUCAGGAUAAACGUUUCCAGUUGCUGGGUAACAUGGGUUUUGCCUGUCAUUUGGAGGAUCCAGUGGAGCAGAGGACUUCACCGAUUCAUGGCGUGAUGCCAGACGUGCUCACUGCUCAGUCCAUCAAUGAGCUUCAUGAAAGUGAUAAAACAUCCACAGAGCAGAACGUGGAUAAAGCAGAACACUUCUUCGAUCAUUCCAGUGUGGAGUGUGCCAUUCAGUCUUGCCCUGAAUUGAUAAAAAAAGAUUUUGAGUCCAUGUUCCCUGAGGCCCCGUCGACCGGCAUGAUGGUGGUCACAGUGACUCAGAAAACACAGAACGACAUGACGGCCUGGACUGAGCAAGUGGACCAGGAGAGAGAAGAGCUGCUCGCUAAAUUUGUUUUAGGUGCAAAGGAGAUAUGCCAUGCUCUCCGAACAGAAGGAUUCUGGGCUGAUUUCAUUGACCCAUCGUCUGGACUUGCAUUCUUUGGUUCAUACACAAACAACACGCUCUUUGAAACGGAUGAAAGGUAUCGCCAUUUAGGUUUUCAGAUCGAGGACCUGGGCUGUUGUAAAGUGAUUCGGCACGUCAUGUGGGGGACGCACGUUUUUGUGGGCACACUUUUCACCACAGCGACACCCAACAGCCAGAUCAUGAAGAAGCUACAAGGAAACUAAAGUUAAUUAGUUAAAGAUGCUGAGUCGGCUUGGGAACACUAUUAAUAUCAAAACCAAACCUCACCUUGAGAUGAUUAUCACAAUCAAAACACACUUACAUCCCAUAAUGCACUUAGUGAAGUUGCCCAGUGGCUGCUGCUGCUGGAAAUUUGUAUUUAUUUUUGUAGAUCAAAAAGCACUCUUGGUGGGACUUUUAUUUUGGGUGCGUGUGCUACAGAGGGAAGUUCUGUGUCACAUGUCCAGCAUCUUUCAGUCUCUCUCUUCCUCUAUGUUGCCUUUCUUCUACCACAGACCUCAGUGGAACUAAAAUGUGACAGCUAAAAAUUUUCACACCAUUGCUCCAUUGUUUGUGUGAACAGUUUGGACCUGAUGACCUUCACAUAAAACCAUCCCAUAAUCUAAAUGGUUGAGCUACCAAGAUAUAAGGCCUUCAUCACUCAGUAGUGACAUGCAUUUCAUGUAACUAGUAAAUGCAACUAGCGUUAGACUGAUAAUUGGUUUGACAGAUUCUUUUAUACUCUUAUUGAAGUAAAAAAAUAAAAAAAUAAAAGUAAUACUGACCCCAAACUUCUGAACGGUAGUAUAUGUGUAAAUAUAAGUAGAUGCAUCUUAUGUUUUUAUGGGUGUAGGCUGCUGUUAAUUUAUUUGUAUCACAAAAACACAUUAUUUCUGUGCAUGUAGUAGUGUCAAUAAAAAAAGUUCAGUGAAUUAUCUUUCUGGAUUUUAGUCUCUAACCUAUAUGGUGGAUGUUUUGGCCUUAUUAGCCUGAAGCGAUCAAAGCUGGCAGCUGCUGUUGUCAAUGUUUCACGGGUGUCAUUAGAAUUCAUUCAGACGCACAACAAAUGGACUAUAAACAUUCUUCUUUAAACUCUGACACUACCAUUAUUGUAGACAGUUCUUCUCUUUCCAUUAGCACAUGCCUGUGCUUUUGAAUCAUGUGGCCCUUACAGCUGAUCUCUCCUUGACGGAAAGUCACACAAAAAUUCUAUAAAGGCUAUAAAGUGUUUAUUUAUUUAAAUAUUUUGCAUUAUAUUAGAUAUGAUCGUUUGCUUGCAUUGUUUUUCAGUCCUUCAUAUAAAAUCUUAUUGCAAACAAUUUUUAUUUUGAGUGCAUUGAAUCCGUAUAUACUGUACUAUGGUUUUCUUCCUGUGGUAACCAGCAUCUGAUCUCAUUUAAGAUAUUUAACAAAAUCCUGUCAUGAUGUGUGUGGUAAUCAAAGAGUGCGGUUGAUCAAAGCCGGGCUGUGUGUGGAUGGUGACACAUGUUUUAGAGACAGCAGUCAUCACCCCAUUGACAUGGCUAUCAAUUAGAUGUAAUUGUCCUGCUAAAACUGGGUUCCUCCUCUGUUCGUUGGUUAAGUUCACUCUUUAACUGUUUCACUGGAUUCAAACUGUCAAACUGAACAGCUCAUUAACAA